UGCAUCUGCAUCCUUCAUUGAUCACUCCCAGAAGUUCUCUACAAUAAAUCUGUGCGCUGAAGACCCUAUCCCAUCUACUUCACAAUGUAGUUUCCGAAACCACACAUCCUUUAAAAAUACAAAUUUAAUUGAAUGUUCUCCAUUUUCACAACAUUUAUUGUUUAUGGAAUCAGAGAAACUAAAGUCGAACGAUUUUGGACUACUAGAAAAUCACAAUAGUGAUGAAGAUGGGGCAGAAAACGAUAUUCAUAUUUCAAAACCGUUUGGACUAGUGAGUGGUUAUUCUGGCCAAGAAGACGAAGUUGAUGAAGCUCAUGACCGAAACUCAGAAUCAGUCUUAUCAUCUGGAAACACGGAAAUUUCGUCAAAUGUGAAUGAUAACAUGCUAGAAUGUAAUAAAGAAACUGCUGGAAAUAAGGCGGUGGAACUAUUACCUGACAGUGGAAUUUAUAUUCACAAAACCUCUCUAAAAGAAGCUAAGAUAACUUCCUCGUCGCAAACGCUUUCGGCUAGAAAGUAGGACGUGUGCCAUAUUUAAGAAAGAGGCACUACAAAUAUGUUCUCUUAGUGAAAAAGAGAGAAAAUUAGAAGAUAAAAAACCUAGUUUGAAUAAGAAAGCUGUAGCUGUUAUAUUACUGUAUUGUAGACUGCUUGCGAAGAAAGCAAAGUGGAAGAUACAAAGUGACAGACAGGUUAAAGAUAGUUUAAGAUGCAAAAAGAAUGAACUGCAAAAG